GACAGCUUUAGCGACACUGUACUACGUCAUCGAGGCCACGCGGGAUCCACUGGUAAUCUGGCUCAUGUUGAUCUAUCGCAUUUGGACGACGCUCUUUGCGGGGCUCUGGGCUCAGAACUACCGGCACUGCGCUCAGCUCGAAUCGAAAUUGCGCCGGUGUGGGCACCGCGUCAAAAUGCCGUCAGGCAACUGGACGUACGAGCUCGUCCUUGGGGACCCAACUGCGAUUGUGUUACUCGAUUCAAUCGUCGCCACGCUCUACUGCCUGGAUAUUUGGGCUAGUAGCGCAAGCUUUGGCGCGAUGCACGUUCAGUCUGGCGCCAACUUUGUGUUGUCUCUGCUCCUCGGGAUGCUGUAUCUAGCGCGCACGGUCUGGUUUGCGUACUGGGGUCUCGGCAUUGUCUCGUUCGGACUCCAGCGUUGGCGAAAAGAACAUUGCUCUUCGGAAGUCGACUCAAUGCUCGUAGCGAUCGCCGUGGCUAUCUACGGGCCGAUCAUGGCAUUCAUCAACAGCCAUUGCGUGGUGAUCGGGCGCGUGGAGCACUACAUUUUUCCUGUCUCGUACCCGAG